GUUGGAAGACUCAGUCGCAUGUGUUGGAUGGUGUUAUCAAACCAGUGGCACUGUCAAUGGUCAAACUUGAAGCAAAGUCUUUAAAUCCUGAAGCAUCAUGGCCAGUGGCGAGCAGGUGGCAGCAGUUGGAAAGGUUUUGGUGGACCCAGGAACGGACCUGACCCGGCGGUUCAGAGCCUUAUUCACCCUCAAGAAUCUUGGAGGUGCCGAUGCUGUGGAAUGGAUCGGUAAGGCCUUCAGUGAUGAGUCUGCCCUUCUGAAGCAUGAGCUGGCCUACUGCCUCGGGCAAAUGCAGGACAGACACGCCAUACCAACUCUGACUGCUGUACUUAAAGAUACACAGCAGGAGCCCAUGGUCAGACAUGAAGCAGGGGAAGCUCUGGGAGCCAUUGGUGAUCCCAUAGUUUUGGACCUUCUGAAAGAGUACAGCCAGGAUCCAGUCAUUGAGGUUGCAGAGACAUGUCAGUUGGCUGUUCGUCGGAUAGAGUGGCUGCAGAGUGGAGGAGAGAAGCAGUUAGAUCAAGCAAAUACAGAUAAGAAUCCAUACUGUUCUGUGGAUCCAGCCCCUCCAGCAGAAAGGAAGACUGUGUCAGUGCUGCGCUUGAACCUGCUGGAUGAAAGCCUGCCACUAUUUGAACGUUACCGUGCCAUGUUUGCUCUGCGUAACAUAGGCAAUGAAGAGGCUGUACUCGCACUGGGAGAUGGCCUGCAGUGUUCCAGUGCUCUGUUUCGUCAUGAGAUUGGUUAUGUCCUGGGUCAGAUGCAGCAUCCUGCAGCCGUUCCCGCCCUGCGUGCAGCUCUGGAGCGAUCUGGCGAGAACCCCAUGGUCCGACAUGAGGCAGCAGAGGCCCUUGGGUCAAUCGGCAAAGAGGAGUGUUUGGCUGUGCUACAACAGUACCGUGAAGACAAAGAACGUGUGGUCAAGGAGAGCUGUGAGGUGGCUUUGGACAUGCUGGACUAUGAAAACAGUGACCAGUUCCAAUAUGCAGAUGGACUGGUUAGGUUACAGGGUUAAAGAUCAAUGUCUUUAAACAUGUAUUUUAACACUUUACCCCAGCUUUAUCUUAUGCCUUUUACAGUAAAGACAGCUGGUUAACUCAGUGUUAUUCAUGCUAAUGCUAAUCCAACAAAAAUACUGGAUUUUCUGGGUUGAAGUCUUUCAUUUUGAAAACUGCUGUGCACAUUAAAUGAAAAAUGAAACUCUAAUAAUAUUUCAAUCAAACUAACACGAAGCAAGUUUGAUUUGAGGUUGUGUGUGAUGCUAUGUGGGAUAAAUGAGAGUUUUUGAGAUCUUUGUCUUUGUUUCUUUAUCCAUCAUUUACUCUUAUUUAUAUAUUUUGGCUUGGGGAUUUCUGGCAUUAUAAAUUCCAGUUAAACUUUGUUUAGACAGUGCUGCAUGGACUUGCUUUACUUGAAGGCAUUAGGUGUGAGCCAGCGUAUGCCGCAGACAGUCUUAUGUCCCAUCAUCCUGCUACAACUAAUAAAGACAACCCAAAGAGCUGUCUGUAGACAGUAGAUUAAUGGAAACCCCCUUUUGCUUCUUUGUUUGCUUUUAUGAUAGAAAAUUACAGAGGCAGAUUUUGUGUUUUAAUCUGUCUUUUAUCAUUCUGCACAGUGUAGAAAGUAUGCAUCUUCAAAAUUAUCUUGUACACAUUUUUGCCUCCUAGCUCCUACAAAUUGACAAAUCAGCAAUGUAUAAAAGAAUUUUGUGAACUUG